CACCCCUCGCUCCGGAGGAGGAGGAGGCUUGGGCCCGCGGACCUGCAGCCACCCUUCGCGCCGUCCUCACUCUUCCGGCCGACAUCAUGCUCCAGUUCCUGCUCGGGUUCACUCUUGGCAACGUGGUUGGAAUGUACCUGGCUCAGAACUAUGACAUGCCAAACUUGGCUAAAAAGCUUGAAGAAAUUAAGAAGGAUUUGGAUGCUAAGAAGAAACCGCCCAGCUCCUGAGCCUGCCGCCAGCACUGCCUCUGGACGCGCUGACGCUGUGUGCACCAUCUGCCCAAAGCGUUUGUCUUCCUCUCUGCCCUCC